CCGGUUUACCCCCGUCAAGGGAUGCGAGCUGCCCGCCGGGUCAGGCGGCCACCGAAUCAACCGGGACACUCCAGCGCUGGGAAUCCGAAGCGACACAAAAAAACGGGAGUAUAAAUACGGGAACAUCUUGCCGCAACGCGCUGGGUGUUUCACAACUUGCUUCGCCCUCGUGCAGAGGCUCCGUCGGCUGCGACGCUGGGGAGAAUCAACCCCGGCUUUACCUGCGGCUCCGGCAAAUUGUAGCCCGGUUCAGGAGCAGACAACAGGCUGAAAGAAAUUCUCCUUGUUGAGUGUUUGAGAAACACGGUCUUGCCAUCAAGGGCUGCUUUGCCUCCCCCAGCCGCUCCUGGGCGUCCUGCUCGGUGUCCCGGGGGCAGAAGUUGGAGGGGUUCAUCAGUGGCGACUCUUCUCCGACCCCAUCAGGUGACAUGUGAAGGCAGCGCCCGGCACGGGGAGCGGCAGCAGCUGAGAUGCAUUCGAGCCACGCCAAUGACCCCAAGGAAGCCAUACAGCUGAUCAAAAAGCAACUGGUGAACGCCAUCAAGGCGUUGCAGAAGCAGUACGUGACCUCGGAUGCCGUCGUAACCAGCGACGAUGGGAACGCGAACACCCUCUGCAGCGCCCUGGAAGCUGUCUUUGUGCACGGGCUGAAGGCGAAGCACAUAAAGGCAGAGAGUGGGGGGAAAGGGAAGAAAGCAGGGGGUCGGGGACCGCUUCCCCAGCCGGUCUUCUGGGGUCUGCUGAAGAGCAUCACCCAUCGUAAUAUUGUCUCGGAGCUGGAACAACUCAUCUUUAUCAAUACGGACGUCGGCCGCUGCCGAGCCUGGCUGAGGCUGGCUUUGAACGAUGGCCUCGUGGAGUGUUACUUGAAGCUGCUGCUGCGGGAGAGGUCCCGGCUGCCCGAAUACUACCAAGCAACCGCCCUGCUCUUAGAUGCUGAAGAGUGCGAGUUUCUCCUUAGCUACUUGCAGGGCUUAACGUCCUUAACCUUCGAGCUCUCCUAUAAAUCAGCUGUUUUGAACGAGUGGACCAUCACCCCUCUGUCCCUCUCUGGUCUGUGUCCUGUUUCAGAGCUGCUGGAGCCCCUCACGUCCUCGACAUCCGAACCCCACAGAAAAGCAUCGCUGGGUUCGAUCUCCCAAUCAUCGGGGUCGGACGAGAUCGAGAUUCAACCCUCCGUCCUACCCAUCGGCAAAGCCAGCAGCAAAAUCAAGCUCACGUCGUCCUCGUUGAGCCUUAACACCACGAGCUCGUCCCAGCUCUCCUCCAGUCUGGGCUCCGACAGCAUCCUCCCGGCUCACUGCGCCCGCAGUCCCGAGCGGAGCGAGGAGCCGCUCUCCUGCGACUCCGACCUGGGGACGGCCACCGCCGAGGACCUGGACAGGUCGCUGCUAGAGGUGUUGUCAGAGUUCAGCAAAGCCAAGCCAAGCCUGGAAGCCCCGGAGGGAGGGCUGGUCCCCGGCGUGCUGAGCUGCUCCCCAGGGCAGCGUGCCUGCCCCCCAGCCGCACCGCCCGUCCCCCCGGCACCGUCCCGCGGAGCUUGCCGGCAACCGCCUCCCAACGCCGACAGUCCACGCUCCGCUCGGACAGGCGACCUGGCGACCGCCAGCGAUGGGGAUGGAGGUGCAGCACCGCAAGCCAGCGGCACAGCCGGCGUUUCGGCCACACGGCGUGGCGGUCCGAGUGGAGGAGAGACAGGCAGAAGCGGCACGGUCAGCGGCAGCGAGGCAAGCCAGGCUGUCUGCAGCCCGACGGCCGAAUACCUCCUUUCUCCGCUGCUAGGUUGUCCGAAAAGAAAGAGCUGGAUCUCGGAAGAUGAUUUCUACAGGCCUUCUCCGGGAGAGAGCAGUGAAAGCACAGCUGACACCAAUGGCUUUGGGCCGGAGGGGGCUGGCGAGGGUCCGGCCCCAGGGCUCAUUAGCGCUCUUGACUUGGAAAGGCUGUCGGUGCCGUCCUCGGAGAGCGGAAAGCCCAAAAUGUCACCCGAACGGGAACAAAAGGGCUUCAGCGUUGUGCAUCGCAGGCAGAUGGGUCUUUCCAACCCUUUCCGAGGGCUGCUGAAGCUGGGCAGCCUGGAGCGGAGAGGAGCCAUGGGGAUAUGGAAGGAGUUUUCCUGCGAGCUGUCGCCACUGGAGCUCCAGCUCUUCCUGGACCACGAGGACCGCAUCUGCGUCGAGAGCUAUUCCCUGCUGCGGUGCGAGUCGCUGGCACUGACGCACUCGGACGGCCGUUUCGAGCUGGUUUUCCUGGGGAAAAAACUCUACCUACGAGCUCCUUCUCGAGAUGAGGCCGAGGACUGGUUGGACAGGAUCCGCGAGGCACUGCAGAAGUGCCGGCCUCAGCUGGAGGAGGAGGAGUGGGAGUCGCUGGAGUAUCCAGAAGACGGUGGCGAAGGCCAACCCAUCCAGAGCGACUCCACUGCUCUUCUCCAGUACAGCGACGUGCCUGGGAACAGCUUUGACUGGACUCCAGCUCACGAACCGGAGCUGGAUGCAAUAAAAGAGGCUGUUCUGUACGUGGACGUAGACAAAACCUGGGUCCCCUUUAUUUUUUCCCUGUCUCUAGAAACUUUAAAGUGCUUUAAAGUCAGAAACAAAGAUAAAAUUUUAAGCAACAGUUAUGGUAUAGAGACCAUCCAGGACAUCCUUCCAGACACGAGCCUUGGGGGACCCGCGUUCUUCAAGGUAAUCACCUCCAAAGCUGUCCUGAAGCUGCAGGCUGAGAAUGCAGAAGAAGCGGCCUCGUGGAGGGAGCUGGUCCGAGGGGUGCUCAUGUCCUACCUGGAGAGCGCCGAGGAGGCGCUGACGCUGGGUGGCAGCUUGGACGGGCACUCCCAGGUCAUCCUGAAGAACAUCGUGAAGGAAAACAGCUUCUUGUUGCAAUACCUGGUGGCCAUCCCCGUGGAGAAGGGCCUGGACUCGCAGAGCUUCAUCUGUGCAGGCUGCUCCAGGCAGAUUGGCUUCUCCUUCGCGAAGCCCAAGCUCUGCGCCUUCUCUGGUCUCUACUAUUGCGACAGCUGCCACCGGGACGACGAGACGGUGAUUCCCUCGCGCCUCAUCCACAACUGGGAUCUGACGAAACGCGGGGUUUGCCGGCAGGCUUUGAAGUUCCUCACUCAGAUCCGUAACCAGCCGUUGAUCAACGUGAAGCUGGUCAACGAGAGCCUCUACGACCACGUGGAGAGGAUGGGACGGAUCCACCGGAGCAGGGAACAGCUGAAGCUGCUGGGAGAUUAUCUCAUCAUGUGCCGCAGCGGGGCCCUGAAGGAGCUGAGCAAGCGGCUUGAUCACAGGCACUACCUCUUGGAGUGUCCCCACAAAUACAGUGUCGCUGAUCUGAGGCAGAUAGCCGACGGCGUCUUUGAGACCUUCCUGCAGUCUCUGCUCCAGUUUGCUUCCCAUCACGUCUACAACUGCGACCUGUGCACCCAGCGAGGCUUCAUCUGCCAGAUCUGCAACAGCAGCGACAUCAUUUUUCCCUUCGAGUUUGACACUACCACCAGGUGCAACGAAUGCAAAACCGUCUUCCACCGGGACUGCCAAGCCCGUGCCAAGUCGUGUCCCCGCUGUGAGCGCCGGCAGAGGUACCAGCGAAAGCUGGAGGCGGAGGCCAGCGUGGAGCCAAGCCUUUAGCAUCCGGGGACCGACCUUGACCCUGCCCUCGGCUUCUCAUCCAGCCGGACUAGCGCCGGGGGGAAGGAGCCGGUGGGAGGUGCAGAGAAGAGACCCCCUGCCCGGGAGCUGAUCCUGCGCCCGGCCCUUCCCCGGGGACAGCGGUGCUGGGCGAUGCCGUGUGGGUGCUCCUGCCCCACGGAGGGACCCUCUGCCCACCCAGGGCUGAGCGAGGGGGGACUGGAGAG